AUGAAGCGAUUGCGAGACGAGAGCGUGACAAUGGAGGGUUCUGACGUGGGCACUACACCUCCUCCUCCAUCUCUCACUGUCUCGAUGUCACCCUGGAAACCGCCACAUUCGUCUGUCAAGCGCUGUCGCGAUCGCUCGGUACCCGUCGACGCGCUAAGUCGCAUGAUGUCGGCGGCUGUGACUCACGCGCGAAUCAAGAAGCACGGCGGCAUUGGGCAGCUAUUUACCGGCAAGCGAGAAAUGUCCCAGUCCUCUUGUGGCGUGUGCAAACGCGCGCUGAAGCCCGUCGAGAGCCAGAUGCCGAUCUGCGACAUGCUGCGCUGCACUCAUUGCGAGAAAACGAUCGGCUACUGCUGUCGUCGCGAGUGCGACGCGUGUCGCAACGUCUUUUGCUCUCUGUGCUCGACACUGAAUUGUGACGAGGUCUUUGACCGUGUCUUUUGUCUGUCGUGCAAUCAAGAGCUAUCGAAGGGGUAG